UCAGUUUUCGGGAAGACAACGACGCGGCAGCAUGGUAUCGGAAGCACAUUCAGUUCGAUUUGCAGAGUCAUAGGAAUGAUAAAAUUAGUGCUUUUGCAUAUAAGAUAAAAAAAAUUUACGCAAAUUAUGUUGUGAGAAAAAAAAACAAUUAGUCAGUAUUUAGCACGCAUAUAAAUAAUUUUUGCCUCUCGUUUAGCGGUGAUAGUUGUAUAAAUUGUUAUUAGAUUUGUGACCAACGACUAAGGAGCGGCUUUUUGUAUGAUUUUCUGGAAGUUCCCGAAUCAUUGAAAAAUCAGAAGUGUGAUAAAAAAAAGCCUGUGGUGUUGUAAAUUCCUGGUGAGAAAAUCAUUGUGCCAAAAGGUGUUGCGAAAUGUGGCGAUCAAUUGCAAUACCCUGGAUACUGUUUCACUUAAUUCAAGUGGUCACAUCAGAUUGUGACUAUUCAAGGUGCGUUGAUCUGCAUGUGGACUACUAUCAUCAACCAAUUGUUGAUGCUGGACUUGUGGAAUGCUGCGCUAGUCUCAAGGAUCUCUGCGAUAAGACGCGGUGUCCCUUGAAGCCUGUAGCUUGCAAGGAGGAGUUUUACGAGGUGGUGAUGACGAAGGGCACGUGUUGCGAUGAAUGGAAAUGUGCACCACCGAAGGACAAGUGCAUCGUGCGAAUCGACGGAAGAGCCGUGUUGAAAAAUCUUGGAGAUACCUGGGAUUCAGAUGAUCCCUGUUCAAAGCACAUCUGUGACUAUGGACCCGAUGGCAAAGCCCAAGAGAAGACCUUCAAGGAAUAUUGCUAUCAUACAUGCAACAAUGAAUAUCAACUUAAGGUAAUACCAGGCCAAUGCUGUGGUCAGUGUGUGCAGACAAAGUGCAAAUUCAAUGACACCCUCUAUAAUGUGGGCGAAACGUGGAAGAGUGAAGAUCGCUGUAUACUUUACGAAUGUGCAAAAAAGGAUGACACAGUAAUUGUCGCUUCGUACGGAAAACAGUGUCCUAAAUUGCCCAAAUGCGACAAAAAAGAUAUUUACAUUAAAGAUUGCUGCCAGUUUUGCAAUCCUGGCCGUGGUAAAGGAUACCCUGGUAACAAGCAUUCAGAAACUGACGAUGAAGACUACAACUCUUACGAUCAGCAUCCUUGCAAGAGAGAAUGUAUUGAAGGAGCCCCGCCUAAAGUCUGCAAAUAUAAAUUCAUUGUUGAAUGGUAUGAAACGAUGAGUAAGGCUUGUUACGACUGUCCUAAUAAUGCUACCGACUGCCUAAGGCCACACUGCAUUACCGGUGAUGGAUCCCGGAGGAGUGUAUUAGUGGUGAAUAGAAAGAUGCCUGGUCCUACAAUUGAUGUCUGCUUGGGAGAUAAAAUUAUUGUAGAUGUGCAAAAUAGUCUUCUAGGCGAGACUACCACAAUUCACUGGCAUGGAUUGCAUCAGAGACAAACACCCUAUAUGGAUGGUGUCCCGCUGAUCUCACAAUGUCCCAUCUCUCAAGAACAAACUUUCAGAUACAAAUUCUAUGCUGACAAUGCAGGUACACAUUUCUGGCACUCUCACACUGGAGUACAACGUGGUGAUGGAGCUCUUGGACCAUUGAUUGUAAGAUUACCUGCUACACUUGACAUUCACCACAAGUUGUACGAUUUUGAUAAGCCCGACCACCUCAUAGUACUUCAAGACUGGACUUCAAUUACGGGUGUUUCUAUGUACAAUGCGCAUUACCACUCAACUGGAGACAAUAAGCCCAAGAAUAUACUGAUAAAUGGUCGUGGGAGGUACUUCAAGGCUGUGACGAUGGAUGAAACAGAAGAGGAUGACAGUCAAAUGGAUAUGGAUGCUUCUUCUUCAAUGUUCGAACCAACUUCGAUCCCCAUUCCCACAACAACUGGUGUUCCCAUUGAGACUGAUACCACAACAUUCACUACAAAUUUCCCAGAAAUCACUACAGUUAUCACAAGUCCAAGUAUAGGAGGAACUCGUGAUCCCAAGACUGAUUUUGAGCUGGUUCAUGAUAACAUUGAUCCAGCGAUGAAAAGUCUGUUUACAGCUCAAGAGAGGCAUACAGUUGUGCGAAAUAAGAGAUCACCACCAGAAGAAUAUGCGACAUUCCUCAACGAAACUCGGCAUAUCCCUCUUCAAGUGUACUACGUGAACAAGGACAAUAAAUACAGAUUCCGGCUAAUCAACGCUGAAUUUCUAAAUUGUCCAAUGGAAGUCUCAGUAGACAAUCACACGAUGCUUGUAAUAGCUUCGGAUGGAUCUGAGAUAGAGCCUAUAGAAGUGGAUACUGUGGUAACCUAUGCCGGUGAGAGAUUUGACUUUGUACUGCACACCAACAAGAAAAUUGGGAAUUACUGGAUUCGAGUUAAGGGUCUAAUGGACUGCGAUGAUAGAUUCACUUCAGCUCAUCAAGUGGCCAUUCUUCGGUACUAUGGAGCCAAGGAGGAAGAACCAUCAGAUGUUCCGUCUUACGAUUAUGUGCGUCCAGGACGACAAUUAAAUGCCCUGAAUCGUGGCAUGGAGGAUCGCAAUACAAUUUCAAUUGCCGAAGUGACAUCUGCUCUUGCAGAUCCUGAUACAGGAGUCCUACAGAAGGAGGCUGACUUCAAGUUCUAUAUUUACUAUGACUUCUACGCCAAGAACAAUACAAACUUCCACUAUCCUGGUCUCUAUGGUUACAAUGAAGUCGAGAAUAGCCAGCAUAGACGUUAUACACCCCAACUCAAUCAUAUCUCAAUGCAAUUGCCCACAUUCCCACUUCUCUCUGCUCGUCACAUGAUAGACGACAGCAAUUUCUGCAACUCCAGUACACUUGCAAAUCAGGGUAUCAACUGCAAGACGGAAUUCUGCCAGUGUACACAUGUGCUCCAGGUGCCCCUCAAUGCCAUUGUGGAAAUGGUGCUCAUUGAUGAAGGCUUUGCAUUUGAUGCAAAUCAUCCCUUUCACUUGCACGGUAGCGGCUUCCACGUCAUCGGAAUGGAGAGACUAGCUGGGAAUAUCUCAGCUGAUAUUGUUCAGUCGUUAGAUCGAGCAGGAAAACUCUACAGGAGACUCAAGGGAGCACCUAUUAAAGAUACCGUCACAAUUCCCGACGGUGGAUACACAAUCAUUCGAUUCAAAGCUGACAAUCCCGGAUACUGGCUGUUCCACUGUCACAUAGAAUUCCACGCAGAGGUCGGAAUGUCCUUGGUAUUGAAGGUUGGUGAGCAUAGUGAGAUGCUGCCUAUUCCAGAUCACUUUCCCACCUGUGGUGACUACACACCGAGAAUUCAAGAGGAGUCAAGUGACUUAUCAGCUGGUCAUCAGAUUGCAGCCAGUAUCAUCCUGGCAUUUACUGCCAUGGUCUUCCUUAGAAUUGUUCUCUGAGGAAUUUAAUAUUGCCCUAUAAUCCUUGCAGUUAGAUUUUCCUCCUGGAAAGAACCAUCAAUCUUCAUUAUCCAUCCUCUGCUAAAUGUGAUAUUUAUAUACUUCCGUUAGUUUCUUCUUCUUUCAAAUCAAAGUAUUUUUUUUUAAAUAAUUUACUUGUGAUAGAAGUAAAUGUAUUAUAUUUUCCUUAUAUUAUAUUAUAUUAAUUAAUGAUAAGCCCAGGUAUAUUUUAUUUGGAAUUGUGAAGAUUAUUAGAAUAUAAUUUUAGAUAUUUAUGAUGAUUGUGUGAAGACAGGAUAAAUAAAUUUUAUAUUUAUAAA